AUGGCCUCCUCUCCCUUGAGUUCAGUUGUGUCUCUGGACGUUUGUCCCCCGGCUGGCCCUUAUAGCCCUGCCAUCAAAGCCGGCGGGCUUGUCUGGGUCUCCGGCCAGCUUCCUAUCGAUUCAAACGGAGUGGUGGUCACCGAGUCCAUUUGUGCAAUGACGGCGCAGUCCAUCUGCAAUAUCAAGGCCAUCUUGGAAGCCGCAGGGAGCGAGCUGGGCAAAGUCACCAGGGUCGGAGUGAGUUUUGCGAUUGAUUCCCCUUCCGGAGAGAGAAAGAGAGAGACAUGGAAAAGACAUAGGGAGCUAACAACCAUGUGGUACCUUUCGAAAAAGGUCUUCUUGUCCGACAUGAAGUACUUUGCUGAGAUGAAUGCCGAGUACGAAAAGUAG